AUGGCGUGUUUGUUUGCUACUGUCUUGGAAGAUGCAAUUACCUCGAUGCGCAUUCUGGGAGAAUGUAACAACACGCUUCGCGUCACAAAAACAAUGGCGGCUAUGGACGAACUGCUUGCGCUGAAGUUUUCUGUCGCCCCAGCACCCAUUAGUGAUCCUCUGCAGAAGAUUGAUCCUUCAGACCUGGAACGCGGAGAGUAUAAACUGAAUAAAUUGGAGUCGGAUCGGAACUUCUUGCUCAACGUGCUCACGUCUACCUAUUUUGAUUUGUCGCUGAAACGGCGCUACCAAGCUAUAAAUGACUACGCGAACCAAAUGAUUGAUCGCGAAAAUUAUUUCUUUUCUCUGUUGGAAGUUGAAGCCAGGAAUCGAACAGCUCGCCGUGAAUUGAACAGACAAAUCCGUCAGCAGCGUGUUCACGUAAAGUCCGUCACAUAUGACACCGAUAUGGCCAUAGAGAAGCUGAAAACGCAAGUGGAAGAUGCAGCCUUAAACGCGGAGAUUCAAACCCGCUACGUAGAGAACUGGGAGCGUUCUCGCACGGAGCAGCACCAGCAGAACAUAGCCGACAAGGAGUCGCCGCCCUCUAACACCAUCGAGUCCUACAAAAUGCGUAUCGAUCACGAGCAGAGAGUACACAGCGAGUUUGAGCUGCUGACUAAUAUUAUUAUUAACGAAACUCUGGAGAAGGUAGAGAAUUGGAUGAACAAAUACGAUAAAGAUAUGGAAGCGAUGGACUUGAAAAUACAAAUAAUGAGAGCCGAUUAUGAAAACACUUUGGAAGAGAGGUUGAAGCUCGAGGAGACGAUGAAGAAACACGCCACGCUAAUGAAAGAAUGGCUGCAGUUCAAAGAGGAUCGCGAAAAAGCGCGACUAUAUCGCGAACGAAUGUUUAACGCCGCAGUGGUCGUGCAGGCCUGGUGGAGAGGCCUGCUGGUGAGGCAGAAGCUCGGUCCAUACAAGGAGGUGAAGAAAAAGAAAACAGCCAAGAAGUAA